CCACGAGCGGCAAGGACAAUGUUUAGGCGUUCAAAAAUAACUUGGGAAUCCCAGCUCGUUAUAUUGUGAAAGCAAGUGAGGAAGUCUGCAGUACUGUCGGUGCGGUGGGCACACAUUGACCCGGGCUCGUCCGCGCAUGCGCAGAGCAGGGGGCUCUGCCCUGCGCAACUCCGAAGUGCCGGCCGGGCCCGGCUCAAUCGUUAACCUCUAAACUGUAUCUAGAACAAACGCCAUGAGGUUCUUGACUUAAAACUCUCACGACCCCAAAACCCUGAACAUUUUCAGGUAGCAUAGUCGUGGAUUUUUGAUGACGCAUUGACAUGUCUAUCAAUCUAUGCUAAUUCGAUUGGCUUUCAUUUAAAACGUAGCAAAGUUGCCUUCGUAAUAUUUCCAAGGAUCCAAUAGAGUUGAAAAUGGACUACUUCACUUCAUAUCAAGGAGCCGUCGCCAGAACGGCGGCGGGCGACAACAACUUCCAGCGACUGGCGCAGAACAUCGCCAGCAACAUACAGAAGAUAUCACAAAACGUAUCCUCCAUAUCCAAGAUGGUGAACCAGCUUCACACUCCGCAGGACUGCCAAGAACUGAGGAAUCAGCUGCGGCAGAUACAGAACUACACUCAGACCCUGGCUAAAGACACUUCAUCCAUGAUCAUCGAACUCAUGAAGUUAAAUGUAACAGACCAAACGAACAAACUCAGAAGAGAUCGGCUCAGUGACGAGUACAUGGCGACACUGAAUGCCUUCCAAGCCACCCAGCGCGCGGCUGCACAGAAGACGAAAGAAGAUGUCAAGAAAGCUAAAGCCCAAAACAUAAACAUUGGUGACCCAUUUGCCAUGAACAAACAACUGAUAGACACCGAGACUAUCCGUAAACAGGAGCAAAUUGCGAUGACUGAAAGAGAAUUACGUGAUCUUGAGCAGAAAGAGAGAGAUGUCAGACAACUGGAAAGUGAUAUAAUGGAUGUUAAUCAGAUAUUUAAGGAGCUUGGAGCUGUGAUACACGACCAGGGGGCGGUUGUGGACUCUAUAGAGGCUAGUGUUGAAAAUACUGCUUUCAAUGUAGAGGCUGGAGUACAAGACUUGAGACAGGCAGUGAAUACGAAAAAUAAAAUAAGGAGGAAGAAAGUUUAUAUGGUAAUAGUAGCUAUAAUCGUUAUAUGCAUUAUUGCAGUUAUUAUAUGUAACCGUUAAAUUGUUGUUGUAAAUAUGGCAAUUGUGAAUUGUAAAGUUAGUACUUAUAUUUACCAUAACACGCAUUAUUAUUUGUUAAUUAUAUUAUGUGGCAAAAGCA